UGAUGGUCGACAAUGGAGCAGGCCCGGUGGGUGGACGAAAUCUAGAUACAAUUUGCUACGGCUGUCAGGCGCCGCAGCCUGGAUUGCUAGUUGCCCAUCACGGAAAACCAUCGCUCCGCACGGAGCCCCCAGUGGUGAGCCUUUUUCCUGGAUUGAACUGCGUGGAAAAUCCCGGCUGAUUGGUCAGGUUCUAACACUGCAGUCGCGUCGGCAGUCGACGCUCGAAGAGCUUGCACACGAGUCGCGGAAUUGCCGCCCGGGGGAUGAGAGAAGAAUGGGCGAAUGAGGUGAUUGAAUGCAACGACGCACGGAGCCUAGCCAGACCGACAGGUGCCCCAAAACCAGCACCAGCAGCAGCACUACGCUAGGACAAUGAGUCGUAAUUAGGUAAAAAUUUGUAUCAGUGACACCUGUGAUGUAGCCACGCUCUGAAAGAGCUAUCAUUGCGUGCGGACCGGUGCCAUAUUUGCUGGACGAAAUGGAAAGACGAGCAAGAUCUCGAGGCAGCGUGUUCGCGCCAAGAACCACAGCAAUCGUGUCCCAAUGUGCCUUCACGAACAGCAGCAGCAAAGCUCUCCUUACCAUGCACUUCACAAGACUUUGAGGAUGGCGAGGAGGCAGAAGCUGAAAGACUUCCUCCGGGCCCACCUGAACGACGGGGAUGUCCCCGGCCUGGAGUGGAUCGACAGAGCAAGCGAAACGUUUAAGAUUCCUUGGAAGCAUGCCAACCGGCGAGGGAACAACUUCGACGUGGACAGGGACACGUUGCUGCCUCGACUCUGGGCCAUAAACACGAUGAAGUUCGACCCGGACAACGACAAAGCAGAUCCGACGCGCUGGAAGACCAACUUGCGCUGCUCGUUGAACAGCUUGAAGACAAGCAUUGUCCGCAAAGAAUCCACCGACCACCAUCUUGUCUACCAGUUCAUUAAUAACGACUACGCCGGACGAGGUAAAAGACACGCGGUCGAACCGCUUGCCCACAAUCCAACACCGACGAGCUCGAGGAAUUUAUCGCUGGACGAAAGGCCCGUUGAUAUGAUGGAGUUGUUUCCAAGUGCGCUCGGAGCAGCACAGCCUAGCAGUGCGGGCGUUUCGAGUAGCGUCCGCACGACAGCCACGCCCCAAGAGGAUUUCAACCAGUCUCUCUCUGCUGCCUCCUUCCCUGCUCCCGCAACCGCACCCAUGGACGGUCUGUCCUUGUCGGCUGCUGAAAUCGAUGCACUUCAGCUUGGCCUUCCAGCAGGCUUUCGAGAAAGUGACUUAUCUCAACAGCUAACAGUUGGCUCGGAGUGUGACAUAUUCAGCGACAUUGCCACCACGUGCGGUGCAAAUCCCGGCUUUCCCAUCUCCGGGGAGAGUCUGCUCCCACUAAGGGCAAGCGCUUCUUCAUUCCAGACCAGUCUUGUGUCUUGCGCUACAAGUACUCAUUCCACUUCUCGACCCGACACACUAGACGUGGCGAUUGCAUCAAGCAAAUUAACACCGAGUCUUCCCCUGCCGGCCGAGCACGCGCUGUUCCUGCAAGUCAGCUAUCGCGGCUACGCCAUGGCCGCCUGCCCCGUGCACAACCAACGCGGAUGUCAUCUCUACUACGGCCAGCCGUCGCCGUCACGGCCGCAUGCUGCCAUCGCAACACCUGGCACGGCUACAACGAUGUCUUCCAUGGCGGCGGCGGCGUCACGAUCACGCCAUGAUACCGAGCAUCUGCAGCAGCUCUGCUUACCGCGGAUACAGGACAGUGAUGGACGCUUCAAGUGGCCGCAGUUGCGACACGUCCUUCAACACUUCAGCCCUGGCAUUUCAUUUGAGGUAAAUGGUGGCAUGGUGAUGGUACGUCGGCUAUGUCCACUGCACGUCUUCUACUCCACCAACCUGGCCUCGGCACACAGCCAACAGCUACUACCGCUGCAGCAGCCGGUGCUCGUGUUCGACAAUUCUGCGUUCGACAGGGAAUUCCAUGACUUUCGGCAAACCCGAGAGGCAGCAGAGCCAGCCACACGCAUCUACUUCAGCAUUGGCGAGCAAUUCCUGCCGGGCAGGUUCUCGGAGUGCCUGCUAACGGUCACCGUGACGAUGAGCCGUGCCGAGGCCGUGCUCAGGGAUUGGCGUGCGGCAGAGUGGAGUAGCGGUGCAGCUCAGCGAGCAGUUCUGAUCGACAAGGUUGAACCAGCGGAUUCUCCGAUAGCAGUGACCACGGUGCAUCACUGGUGAAAGGCUGUCUGGGGAAUCUGCUACAACUGUAGGGUGUGCCAGUUUUGGUGCGAUCAGCUAGGAGAAGACUCUGAUGCUCUUCCUGAAAGAGUACUCGUGUGUGUGUGUGUGUGUGUGUGUGUGUGUGUGUGUGCGUGCGUGCCGCGGUGUGUGUGUGAUGUGUACCUGUGUACGUACGUGUGUGUGUUUCGAGCGCAGAAGAAUACUAGUUUGAGGUGUGCUGCGGCAUGCAGAUGUGUGCUGCGGCAUGCAGAUGUGUACAAGGCAUACAUACCAUUCAAAGCAUACUGUUAUGAGAUCACCAUAUUCGCUUUGUACGGUAUGUUUCCGCACCAGAAUCAUCAAUGCACACGUACAUGUCAACGGGACAACAGCACAUGCUGUGCCCACACAUAUACGUGUACUUCGACGUAUCAUACAGGCAUCCUGUGACCCGGCCUCAUCUUGAUCCAUAACAGGGACUUCAACACGACCGCAUCCAUGUCCAUCUGACAGCAGAAUCAUUUUGGAGUAGACGCUUUGCUGAUCACCCCUAGCAGAGCAACCUGUUGCAAGUUAUGCAGUUUAUUGCGGACUGAGCCAGUUGAAGCUGCUGCUGCUGCUGCUACACUGCAGGGACAGUGUGUACUUCAGUAGUGCUGUUAGCUGCUAGUACACAGCAGGGACAAUGACUUGUAGUGCUGGUAGCUGCUAUUGCAUUGCAGAGAUAGUGUGUAGUGCUGUUAGCUGCUAUUACACUGCUGAGACAGUAUGUUGUGAUGUUAGCUGCUAGUACACAGCAGCGCGGACAGUAUGACUUGCAGUGCUGUUAGCUGCUAUUGCAUUGCAGAGACAGUAUGUAGUGCUGUUAGCUGCUACUACAUUGCCGCUUGAGACAGUAUGUAGUGUGUAGUGCUGUUAUUAAAGCUCCUACUGCAUGACGUAUAUUAUUGUACAUUGCAGAGACAGUGAUAGCGCUGUUAGCUGCUGCCACUAUGCAGAGACAGUGAUAGCGCUGUAAGCUGCUGCCACUAUGCAGAGACAGUGAUAGCGCUGUAAGCUACUGCCACUAUGCAGAGACAGUGAUAGCGCUGUUAGCUGCUGCCACUAUGCAGAGACAGGGUGUAGUAGUAGGCAAUCAGCAAGAGUAGCUUUGAGACGCCAUUAUUCUUUCCACUUGGGACAUCAGCAGCGGAUGAUCAUCGCGAAAGGAAACCAGAUUACCUUUUUUCUGUACUUUUUUUUACCAGGUUAUCCUCUUUCCCUUCGGACGCUGGCAGCAGAAGAAAAAUUAUGCAAGGGAAAUCAUGCCUGCCAGGCUACACCCCCCCCCCCCCCUUUCUUCGCUAUGGUAUGGUGUAUCCCUGUCAUAGCUCUUUUAUACUAUGAAUGUCAGCCUGCUCGACAGUAUUUCCCAGCUGCAAUGUCCACUUGUUUCCAGUUCACGUCCAUAGUGCGUUUCAAAAGUAUAGACUUUUUCGAAUAAUUCAAAUUUGAGAACUCAGAUGGUGAUGGUGGUCAGUUUUGUGCUAGAUUGUGCACGUCUGACUGUUCAAAAUCUGGUUUAGUUGGUGGACUCGAUCGCAUAAUUUGUGCCCACAAUUUCCUUGUUACAAUUGAUUUGGUUUGAGCUUUUUGAGAAAUUUCUUCGGACUAUUGCUCAGGCAGCUCCCGCAAUUUUUCUCAUAUAAAUUUCUAAGCAAUUGGAUAAGAAAUGCAAAAUUUCGGAAAUGUUAUGCAUAAAGUGAUCACAGA